AUGACUUCUCUUGUUGAAGAACUUCCUCAAUUAAAUUAAUUGAGUAAUAAUCAUUCAAGCACCAGUAUUGGUAGCAAUUCUAACAUCUCUAUAAAUGCGCCCCAAACCUUACCUUUCUAAAAAAAAGAAUAAUGGAAUAAACUAUAUAAAGAACAUUUAUCUGCUAUUGCAUAAAAAACCUACACAAACAUAGAAGAUUUUUUUGACUCCUUUGAUAAAUUCUUACAAGUUUUAAAAAUAAAACAAAAUCUUUAAGUCUUGAGAGUCUUUUAUGAAUAAUUAGAUGAAGCAGAUCAAAAAUAUUUCAUAGAAGAAUUUUUACCUUCUCUUGCUAUACGUGCACUUGAAUUGGAAACACUAUUCUUAAAUUCUCCUGUCAAAAUUCUCAAACAAUAUGACUCCACUCCUUCCAUAUUUACUAAGCGCUAAAUAAGUUCUGUUUUGGCCAACAUGUUCUUUGGUACUAUUGAUUAUUCCAAAUACCGUACUCUCAUUUAAUGGUAUGAUGGACCCUAUAGAAUCGAAACAAAGAUUGAAAAAAUCAAAUGCUUGUAUAAUUAUUUCAAGAGAAUCCUCUCUGCAUCUGAAGAACACUUAAAUCUCUUCAUUAUUAUUCAACGUUUGUAAUACGUUAAUUAAAAUAAUUAUAAAGUCCCACCUACUCUUAAUUCAAACAUAAAAAUCUUCACUGAUAAGCGCAUCGAAGAUUUCUUAUAAUCUUAACACAUUCACAUUGACUUUGCAAACUAAUGCAUAGGAGGUGGUGUUUUAGAUACUGGUCGUGUUCAAGAAGAAAUAAUGUUUGUAACAAAUCCAGAACUACUUAUCUGCUGUCAAAUUUGUGAAUGCAUCGAAGAUAAGGAAGGAAUACUUAUAACUGGUGCUGAACGCUACUCCUCCUACACAGGAUAUUCUUAGACUUUUGCAUUUGAAGACAAUUUUAUUGAUCCCCGAGGAGUUGAUACUUAAAGAAAUUGCAAACAAACUGCAGUUAUUGCUAUUGAUGCCCUAUUCUUCCAUGAACAUAUCCUCGCUUUGUAAUAUUAACCUAAAAUGAUUUUCCGCGAGCUCAUUAAAGCCCUUACUGGUUUUUAAAUUACUGAUUAUACUCCUAAAGGUCAUUAAAUCGUUACUGGUAACUGGGGUUGUGGCUCCUUCCAUGGAGAUGUUUAAUUGAAAUUUAUCAUCCAAUGGAUAGCCUGCUCCAUGCAAGAAAGAGACAUGAUUUACUGUACUUUUGGUAAUGAGCAUCUUGCUGAUAUAUAAAAGAUAGUUACCAUAUUGAAGGGAUAAAGUACUGAAAAAGUAAUUAAAGCUAUUAAGAACUAUAAAGAAAGUUCUGAAAAAUUCACUGUCUUCUAAUAUAUCUAAAAGUUUUUCAGCAACUCACAUUGA